CACCCCUUGCUCACUUGCCCCUCCUCUUCCACUCCUCGCUCGCACCAAGCCAGAGGAAGAACACGAGCAGGACGAAGAGGAGGAGACCAACCAAAGAUACCAGUACCAGAGCCAGAUAACCCCAUCAGUACCCUCUGUACCUGUAUCAGAUUUACCGAAACCUUGCAGAGGGGGGAUGGCGCCGAGCAGCUACGAGAUGGCGGCCUCCAUCCUGCUCUGCGCCGAGGACAGCAGCAGCAUCCUGGGCCUCGGAGCCGAGUGCGAGGAGGAGGAGGUGAUGGCGCGGAGCAGGACACGCGGGGAGCCCUGCGUGGAUUUCCCCGUGCCCUCCGAGGAAUGCGUCGCCAGUUUCGUGGAGGCGGAGACGGCGCACAUGCCCCGGGAGGACUACGCCGAGAGGCUGCGCCUGCGCGGCGGGGGCUUGGAUCUCCGCAUCCGGAUGGACGCCAUCGACUGGAUUUGGAAGGUUCAUUCGUACUACAAUUUCAGACCUCUCACUGCCUGCCUGGCCGUCAACUACCUUGACCGCUUCCUCUCACUAUACCAGCUUCCGGAAGACAAGGCUUGGAUGACGCAGCUGCUGUCCGUGGCGUGCUUGUCCCUGGCUGCCAAGAUGGAGGAGACCUACGUUCUUCCGUCUCUCGACCUGCAGGUCGGGGAUGCACGGUACGUGUUCGAGGCGAAGACGAUCCAGAGGAUGGAGCUCCUCGUCCUCAGCACGCUCAAAUGGAGGAUGCAAGCGGUCACUCCCUUCUCGUACAUCGACUACUUCCUCCAUCGCCUCAACGGCGGCGAUGCGCCGAACAGGCGCGCCGUCCGGCGAUCGGCAGAGCUGAUCCUGUGCAUAGCCAGAGGGACGCACUGCUUAGAUUUCAGGCCCUCGGAGAUCGCCGCGGCCGUCGCCGCAACCGUUGCCGGAGAAGAGCACACUGUAGAUAUCGACAAGGCUUGCACCCACCGUGUACAUAAGGAGAGGGUGUCGCAGUGCCUCGAAGCGAUCCAGGCCACCGUGGCCCUGCGGCUGCCCGCUAAAACCGACGGCCCCAGCGGCGGCGGCGGCAGAUCCUCUUCCUCCGUCUCCGUGCCCCGGAGCCCAACCGGGGUGCUGGACGCCGGCUGCCUGAGCUACAGGAGCGACGACACGACUGUUGCCUCGCAUGCAAGCUCCUGGUGCGAUGAGAACGACAGCUCCCCGGUCGUUUGCAGCAAGAGGAGGAAGAUUAGCAGAUGAUUAGCCCAAUGAUGGACGGAUAAAAGGCCUCUUCUGCGCGCUGAUCAAUGAUCGUCUCCAUGAUAAAAGUCAAGCGGUUUUGAUAGAUUGCACUGACUGAGUGACUGACGAAGUGGCGAGUUUGGUUUGUUGGGAGCUUUUGAUGCCGUUUUCAAAGGAGGCUGAAAGGCAAAGGGAGGGCAACCAAAAGCAGGACAUUUUGGACAUGAGGAUCCAGCAAAGACGCCCGGGAGGAAUAAAGAUGGUCCGGGAUGGUAGAAAUGUACUGAAUUUCGUGUGCUUUUGCAACAGUAGGCGCGCAGCCGCUGUGGCGUUGCAGAAAAGAGCAAAGGUUUUGCAAGUUGACAAAGCUGAGACGGGACGAGACGACCAAACUAAAGGCAGAGAAGCGGAUGAGGUGAUGGUGACACAAGGCAGAUGAACUAGCUAGCUGCGUAGUUUGCUUUGUUCUGUAAUUUCCGACCAAUUUCCUUUUGUAAAAAGAAAAAAAUUGAAAAAGAGAAACAAACAAUUCUUGCGUCAAAUUAAUCAUUAACCGACUGAGAUCCAAGAAGCGGGAAAACAAGAAUGCAAAGACAGGACCCGGAAGAACUGGAAGUGGGUUUCUUUUCAGGGUUUAUGAACUAUCAACAUCAGCAAUCAUCUGUUUCUCUUGCUUUGUACCACUAGGACACUAAACACUACUACCUCGCUGCCACCAAACAUUGUUUGACCGCUUGUCUG